AUGGAGAUGUUGUUAUUGCCAGUGAGGUCAGGGAUCAUGGACUUUGAAAUGUGCACUCAGAGUAAUAAGUUGUUCCAAGUACAUACUGUUGGUGCAUAUUAUACGUGGUGUAAUAAUCAGUAUGGUUCUAACAGAAUAGUGUCCAGAAUGGAUAGAUGCUUGGCUAAUCAACUUUGGUUAGAUAAGUUUCAUAUGGUAACUGCUGAAGUCUUGGACAUGAAUGUGUCUGACCAUUGCCCUAUUCUAAUCAAUUUCGAGAACAGUCAGGUGCAGAGGCAUACUUUGUUCAAGUUUCUCAAUGUCUUUACUGAGGUGAAUGAAUUUUAUGAGCUUGUUGAUGCACAAUGGAGAAUUCAACAACAUAAGCACCCUCUUUUAGACAUUUGGUUUAAGUUGAAGCACUUAAAGCCUGAUUUGAGCUUGAUAAUUUCAAUGAUUUCUGAAGAGAAGUCGGACUUGGAAAAUUUGGAGAAAUGGAGCUUGAUAGAAGAGAAAAUCUGGCAACAAAAGUCAAGAGUGGACUGGAUUCAGCUAGGUGACUCCAACACUAAAUACUUUCAUGCUUUUAUUAAGGAGAGAAGAAGUAUGAAUGCCAUAAAGGUGUUAUUGAAGGAUGAUGGUAGCCGAGUGUGUCUGCAGGGCUCAAUUAAGGAGGAGAUAGUGGAUUUCUAUAGGAAGCUUAUGGGUACUGCUGCCCAAAGCAUUCCUAUGGUUGACAUAACCAUUGUUGAGAAGGGGCCUUUGCUCUAG